AUGACGGACUCGCUGCACAACGCGCCAAUUGUCCUGGACAAUGGCUCCGGUACGAUCCGCGCCGGUUUCGCAGGCGACGACCUGCCCAAAUGCUACUUCCCCUCAUUCGUCGGUCGGCCCAAGCAUCUGAGAGUUCUCGCCGGCGCCCUCGAGGGCGAGGUCUUUAUCGGACAGAAGGCGGCAACGGAGCUGAGAGGCCUGCUGAAGAUCAGGUACCCGUUGGAGCACGGCAUUGUCACAGACUGGGACGAUAUGGAAAAGAUUUGGGAGUACGUCUACGGCGAAGGCCUCAAGACGCUCAGCGAAGAGCAUCCCGUCCUCUUGACAGAACCACCCCUCAACCCUCGCAGCAACCGCGACACAGCGGCCCAGAUUCUCUUCGAGACCUUUAACGUUCCGGCACUGUACACAUCAAUUCAAGCCGUCCUUUCAUUAUACGCCAGCGGCCGGACGACCGGUAUUGUUCUUGACUCGGGCGAUGGAGUGUCACACGCGGUGCCGGUUUACGAGGGUUUCGCCAUGCCGAGCAGCAUCAGGCGGAUAGACGUGGCAGGACGCGAUGUAACCGAGUACAUGCAAAUGCUGCUGCGGAAGAGCGGCUACGUCUUCCACACCAGCGCCGAAAAGGAGGUUGUGAGGCUCAUCAAGGAGUCUGUCACUUAUGUCGCUCACGACCCCAGGAAAGAAGAGAAGGAGUGGGCAAACAGGACAGAUCCGGCCAAGGGUGUGGAAUACGUUCUUCCGGACGGUCACAAGCUCAAGAUCGGUGCGGAACGGUUCAGAGCACCGGAAAUCCUCUUCGACCCUGAAAUCAUCGGCCUCGAGUACCCUGGUGUGCACCAAAUUGUCGUUGAUGCCAUCAACAGAACGGAUCUCGACCUGCGCAAGUCGCUCUACAGCAACAUCGUGCUCUCUGGCGGCAGCACGCUAACCAGGGGCUUCGGUGACCGUCUAUUGACGGAGCUGCAACGGCUGGCCGUCAAGGACAUGAGAAUAAAGAUUUUUGCGCCGCCAGAACGCAAGUACUCGACAUGGAUCGGUGGAAGUAUUUUGGCUGGUCUCAGCACUUUCCGAAAGAUGUGGGUGAGCAUCGACGACUGGCAUGAGAAUCCGGAAAUCAUUCACACCAAGCUUACGUGA